UUUUGCAACACACCCUGAGAAAGAAACUCAUCCUGUCUCCCACAUGAAAACCCCAAACCUUUCUUCACCUGGAGGUCUCCAUCUCUAGAGAGAGAGUGGUUUUCAAGCAUGCAUGCAUGUGAAUGGAUGGCCACAUCUCAAGAUCAAAGUCUGGAUUCCAGUUCAGAUGAAACCUGUCAAUUGAGAUUUCGAGAGAAGCUUCUAGCUAUCGAUUUGGAACUGAAGGUUCAAGAUGUAGAAAGCCUAAAGUUUCUCUGCAGAGGUUUCAUCCCCCAGAAUAAGAUGGAUAAGUGCAGCUCUGCCUUGCAACUUUUUGAUUAUCUCACGACAGGGGAGAUGAUAAGUGUAAAAGACACCUUCUUCCUGGCAGAACUCCUCUAUACCAUCAAGCAGAAUUAUCUGCUGCGGCACCUAGACUACACCAAACAGCAGGUGGAAUGUUUUCUUCCCAUCCGAGGGAAGCUGUCUCCAUUCAGAAAACUACUCUUUGAACUGUCAGAAGGCAUUGACGAAGAGAAUUUGAAAGCAAUCAUCUUUCUGCUGGCAGAUAAGAUUCCCAAAGGCUUGACGAGUUCUCUAAGUUUAUUCGCCGACCUAGAAAAAAACACUGAAAUAGAUGAAGAUAAUGUGAUAUUACUGGAGAAAGUUUUUAAAAAGGUUGCACCUUUCCUUCUAAGGAAGAUAGAGAACUAUAAAAGAGAGAAAGCUGCCCAGGAAGUGACACCUCCCGUGGACAAAGAAACUGAAUCAUUGCCUCAAGGACAGGAAGAAAUAUUUACUCCAUCAGACAUUAAGCGGUUCCACGGAGCCUUAACAGAGGGAUUGUGGCAAAAUGAGCACUCCAUGAAUCAUGGCAAUGGAGCCACAAAUGGUGCACUAAUCCCUGUGUCCAUGGAGAUGGUAGGAGCAUCUGCUAACACCCUGGGUUCUGAAAUCUGGACAAAGGAGACAAUUAUGUACAGGAUGGAUCGGAAACACAGAGGCCACUGUAUCAUUAUCAACAAUCACAGCUUUACCUCCCUGAAAGAUAGACCAGGAACCCAUAGAGAUGCUGAGUGUCUAAAGCUUGUGUUUGAGUGGCUUGGGUUCACAGCACACAAAUAUGAUGAUGUGACUAAAGGAGUCAUGGACAAGAUUCUGCAGGAGUAUAAGAGUCAUCCAGGCCAUGCUGAUGGGGACUGCUUUGUGUUCUGCAUUCUGACCCAUGGGGAAUUUGGAGCAGUCUACUCUUCAGAUGGAGUCCUAAUUCCUAUUCGGAGUAUCAUGUAUCACUUCACAGCCCAGCAGUGCCCUGGGCUGGCUCACAAACCAAAACUCUUUUUUAUUCAGGCCUGUCAAGGAUCAGAGGUACAAACUUCUGUGUUAACUGAAGCAGAUGCUCAGAAUUCUAAGCAUCUUUCCCUUAUGGAUAGUGUUCCCACUGAGGCUGACUUCUUGCUUGGUCUGGCCACCGUCCCAGGCUAUAUGUCCUUUCGGCAUAUAAGAGAUGGCAGCUGGUAUAUUCAGUCUCUGUGUAGUCAUCUGAAGAAGUUGGUCCCAAGACAGGAAGACAUCUUAUCCAUUCUCACUGCAGUCAAUAAUGAUGUGAGUCAACAGGUGAACAGCGACGGAACACUGAGACAGAUGCCCCAGCCUGCUUUCACACUAAGGAGAAAAUCGUAUUCCCUGUGCCACAGAAUGAGCUUUUAUUAUUGUAGAGAGUUUUUACUGGCUCCUAGAUUUGAAAGGAAACUUUGAUUAUGUCCUCCGGCCUCCCUCCCAGCAUGGGAAUUGGUGAUAGGUGGUGAGUUGGUCUCCACCUGUCAUUCUAGCAAUGGAAAUACCUUGUUUUAUGAUAGUCAAUUCUACUUUUUUUUUCUUUUGACAAGUCUACAUAUUAGAAAACUUUAUUGAUUAAAGACUUGGGUUAUAGCCUUGGUUUUGAGUAGGUAUCCUGAAGAACAAACAACUGACCUUGGUUUGUGCGUCUGUGAAAUGCAAGGUGGGAUCAGAUGUAUUUUUCAGGUUCCUUCAAGUUCUAAGAACCACUGGCUUAGUCUGAGCUUGGCUUUCCUCUCUAGAUGUAUACCCCUUGGUUAUAAUUCUGUGUCCCCUCUGCAUGGCCCUGGACAUGGGAUGAUGGCAUCAUGAUGCACACUCCAUCUGCUAUCCCCCUUCCUAAACUUCUCUUCCUGCACAUGUAGUGAGGGGAAUCUGGUCUGUGCCACAGCCAAUCUCCUGCUUUAGUGUAGGGAAGGUACUCAUGCAAGAACUGUUUUUCUUGAGCUGGGCAGAGGUGUGGUUCUAGGAAGAAGACUGCUCACUGAAAAGACAGACAUAUUCAGCUGCUCCAGAAACAGAAACUUCAUAGCCUGAUGUCACACUCUCUCUUGUUCAAAACUUUUCAGGUGCUGGUGGCAGAACACCCAGCUCAAACUGACUAAAACAAAGCAGGGAAUUUAUUGCCACCCUUUUUCCCUUGGAAAUUGAUGAGUCACUAGCACUUACUUCAGGCAACACUUGAAUCAGGACUCAAUCUACAAGGCAGCACCUGUCUCUUCACUGGAUCUUCUCAGGUUGCCAACUGCACUGUGUGGACUGCAGUCAACAGCCCUACCUUGUCACUAGUACACAGUGCUCCUCUGGUCCAAAUGUGGAGGAAAGAGGCCACCUCAAAGAUGGGUGCUGUUCAUAGGGAUCAUUGGACUUUCCCUGACCAGAGAGGUGUCUGGCAGUGUUUGUAUAGAAGCCAUGAUAAUUUUUACAUGAAGGUUUUGAACAUGUCCUUGAGCAUUUUUCUCAAUUCCAAGAGGAUUUUUUUUCUUUUUAAUGUCUAGAAACAUAUUUUGAAUCCUUGAAGUUUUGACCUAAGAAGAAGAUGGAAAAUCUUGUGAUCAAAGCCUCAUUUAUAGAUGAAGAUGCUGAGGCAACUAGCUCACUGUCCUUCAGCAGGUUAUUGCUUACAGAAUUCCAUUUCCCACUCUAGUGGACUGGAAUAUCAUGGGGCAUGACAGGGCAUUAUGUUUCUUUAAAUAUGUAGAUGCUCAUAAAAGAUACCAAGGAAUGAAGAAAAAUGACUCUCAUAGGUGCUUGACUUUAUAAUUUAUAUGAAAAUCAGGUUCAUAGUGAAUUUGCUGUAAGAAGUAUUCCUACACACCCUGUUUUAAUGUAACUGACCAUUGCAGGGACUUGAAUGUAGCUUGAUUAAGGAAAUAAGUCCAAUAUAUGUCAGAAUGUUCUUUCAAAACCUUCAUUUAAACAGAGCAAAGCUAAAAGCUUGUCAUCAUAGUAUUUAUCCAGUUGGAUACUCAUAGCCUUUGGCUAUUUAACAGUUUUCUGCAAUGAAGGUUGGUGUAGUAUAAAGAAAAGACCAGAGGAUCUGUAGAUUGAGGCCUCAGGUUUCCAUUUCACCCUGCAAAACUCCCAUGCUCUGAAAUAGUCACUGAUUCAAGCUUUUUUUUUUUUUUUUGAACCUUCUCUGGAGUAGAAAAGUACUAGCUAUUGGGAAGUUAAAGGAGAAUGUAUAUCUAUAUACACACUUAAAUCUAAUUGUGACAUGUACAUGCAAGACCUUUAGGUGGUGGAGUCCUCUGGUAGUGUUCUAAGUGGAGAUAUAGGACUCGAGUUCUUUUGAUCCUUCCAGUUGACUUCAUUAGCAGCAACACUAGCAACAGGCCCUGACAUCCUCUGAGUGAGGAGCCAGGUCUCCCUUCACUGGGUCAUGAUGUCCCCAGCAGCAGAAGGGCAACUUGGUGGAGUCCAGUUGAUAAAACACUGUUAAUAAAAUCUUCAGCAGCAAUUGAGGGCUGAUGUUUAAGUCUAGGGCCUGAGGUUUAUUUCACAUUUUGAUAUGUUGGAACCUAGUGCAUAUACGUGUUUAAAUUCUGAUCAGCAAAGUUUCCAUGAAUUUUGUAGAGGCUUCCACCAAGCACUUUAGGAAUUCCUGGACUGAGUCAUGAAUAUAUACAGACCACAGGGAUGCAAUCAUCCUUGACUCAUUUCUCCUGAUCAGGGCCUGUACACACAUGUUAGAGAGCACCCUCAAAGAUGGUGCAAAACAUAUUUGUCUGUGUUUAAGAGUGUGUACACAUCUGUGUGAAUUUAAAGUCUAGGAAUAACAGGGUUUUUUUAGUGACAGCUAUUUGAGAGUGGCUACAGUCAGUGUUGGCCCAGAUAUUUAUGAAAGAAAUGGGAAAACUGAGUGAAGUUCUUACAUAUUUUGUGCAGUUGUGCUCAACCUACAAGAGUUUUAAUUAUUAUUAUUAUUAUUAUUAUUAUUUCCCUUUCUGUUCUCUCUUUCAUUCUUUCACAAAAGUUUGGGUACUGUCACACAAAAUGAAAAGACAUGAAAAGUGUCAACAAGAUAUUAUGCAAUGUUAUAGUUAUUUAAUACUAAUUCUACUGAUUUAAUACUAAUUAAAUUCUAAUUUAAUUCUAAUUAAAUUAUACUAUUUAAUACUAAUUCUACUAAUAACUGAUUAUUAUUAUUAUUAUUAUUAUUAUUAUUAUUAUUAGAGUUACUGGUAGCACAUCCUACUGGCCUCACUUCAGGGGGCCAACGGGGGUGGGUGGGUUUGAUAUCCUGCAGAUUACACUUAACAAACACUGUAUUUCACUAGUGCUUAGGCAAUGUUACACAAUUGAACAAAUGGUGCAUUAUGAGUACUGACCAAUUAAUACAGGCAAUAGCAGGUGUAACACAAUGGUUCAUGUUACUGAUUUGCAGCCCUUUUUUCAUGAUUAAGUCUCAAUGGAGGUAAACCAUCUUCAAAGUUUACCUCAUUUCAUGGGCAAUUUUUGUGCCAUACAUUCACUCAGUUAAUGUUCUAAGCCAUCUAGGCAAAUUGUUCUUAACCUAGAAUUCUUAGACCCUUGGAAUAUUUGUAAAUUUAUUCUUAGGGUCUCUGAGCUCUCCUUUUUCUCUUUCAGAUGCUUUAAUUAUUUUUUCCAAUAAUCUUUAAAAAUUAAUAGAUAGGUAUCUUGGCUUUUCUGACUGUUUCAGAUUUGAGUACUGACACAUAAUUUUUGUGCGGACAUUCUGGUAUCCACAGAAAAUAAUAAAAUUUACCUUGAACUGUUAAUGUAGAUAGAUGGGCAUCAAAUUAUUGUCAGAAGCCAGUAGUUAAUCCAUUUGGCACCUGCUCCAAUCCAUCCUCUCUUUCCAUGAUCAACUUCUACUUUAUAGUUCUUCAUCUCUGCUUAAGUCUUCCAGCAAGGGAACUCAUACCACAAGUGGGGUCAUGGAGCUGGGAGUUUGGAAGGUCCCCAGUGACCUCAUGAUUCAGGUCUCAGAGUGUUAAACAGUUUGCCAAAGUAUCAUAAUCAUUAGUGGAUUUGCUCUGUUGUAUAUCUCUGGAUUUGCAAUCUUAUGCCUCUAAGUCAAUUGGUUUCACUUUUGGUAGCUUUAAUUGUUCCCUUUCUUCUGUUGAACAGGAACCAAUUUAAAAAAAAAACACUUGUUCUCAUUCUAAACUUGUACUGUACAAAAUAAGUGUAACUGUCCUCUGGUGAAGUAUAUGUAUGUGAAAAAUCAUUGAUCUUUUUCUGUUAGGGUGUGUGUCUUAUAGAAAGUCUAGAGAUUGCCCUUAAGGAUGUGGUACGAAUAUACUAUACAGUAAUAGCUUUGAAUAGGAACUAAAAUUUUAAAUUUAGGUUUUUUUUUUUUAAAAUGGAACUCUACAAAAAAAUUUAAAAAUGGAACCCUCUUAAAAAUGCUGGAGGAAGGCUGGGAUUGUGGCUCAGCGGUAGAGUGCUCGCCUAUCAGAUGUCAAGACCCUGGGUUCAAUUCUCAGCACCAUAUAAAAAUAAAAUAAAGAUAUUGUGUCC